UAUCAUCAUCAUCAUUAUAUUCAUCACAAAGAAAUGUUGAACUUUACGAUAAUGAUAACAUUGAUAAGAAUGUAAAUAAGGAUGAUGUUGCUUAUUUUAUAAAGAAUGAAUUAUCAAAUAUAGAAGAAGUCAUGAUAAAACAAGAAGACCUUAAUAUUGAUAAGAGUAGUGACGAAGAAGAUAAAAAUGACAAUGGUGAAGUCGAAUUAAAUACUGAUAAAUGUAUAAAGAUGGAAAAUACAGAAGAUACCUUGGGCACACGAUUCCCUCCAAAACAAAAUAAAAGCAAAGCAUUUUGUUGUGUUUAUGGUUGCGGGAGCAGAGCUUGGAGAAAUCCAGACGUUCGAUUUCAUAAAUUCCCCAAAGAAAAUGUAUGUUUUGUAAAAGUAACAAACUCUUUGGGAGUAGAAGAAAAAAUCGAUUGUAGACAUAUGUGGCAAAGAGUUUUGAAGAUCGAAAAAAAUAUUACAGAACACAUGCUAGUUUGCUCCUUGCAUUUCAGAAAAUCAGAUUAUUUCUUACCAGAUUUAGAUUCUAAAAACAAAAGAUGUUUGAAAAAAAAUUCAGUACCUUCUAGCAAUCUACCGGGCGAUGAUUACAAAACAGGAUAUGAUGUUAAAACUAUAGAGGGUGGCUACUUUCGUACAAAAGAAGUUAUGAUAAAACAAGAAAAUUGUAAUAUUGAUAAGACUAAUGAAGAAGACAAUGAAAAUGAAAAUGGUGAAGUCGAAUUAAAUACUCAUAAGCGAGCCUCCACAAGUAGUACAAUCAAAUUUGAUAAAUGUAUAACGAUCGAAAAUACAGAAGACACUUUUGGCACAAGAUUCCCUUCAAAACAAAAUAAAAGCAAAGCAUUUUGUUGUGUUCCUGGAUGCAGGAGUAAAGCUUGUAGAAAUCCAGACGUUCGUUUUCAUAGAUUCCCCAAAGAAAAUGUAUGUUUUGUGAAAGUUAGAAACUGUUUUGGUGUAGAGGAAAAAAUCGACUGUAGAAAAAUGUGGCAAAGAGUUUUGAAGAUCGAAAAAAAUAUUACAGAAUACAUGCUAGUUUGUUCUUUGCAUUUUAGUAAAGCAGAUUAUUUCUUACCAGAUUUGAAUUCUAAACGCCUAAGACGUUUGAAAAAAAAUGCAGUUCCUUCUUGCAAUCUACCUGGUUGAGAAAAAAAAACAGUAUCAAUGGAUAUUAAAAAUAAUGAUAGAGUCAAGAAGAUUACAACGAUAAAAGAGUAGAAAUGAAGUGCUUGCAGCUAAUCUAUCUACUCAUAAUCAAAAACCGGAUAUUUAAAUUAACCCAACUACUAUUAAUUUUACUGAUGAAUUUCAUGGUCAAAAAAAAUUUAAAUAUUUUGGAUUACGAACUUUUAAAGGAAAAUACUGAAAUAUUAAAAAAAAAACAUUAAUCGAUGUUGGCAUUCAGGUCAAAAGUGGAGAUUUGCUGACUGAUUUUUGUGAUAUAAUAAAAACUGAAAAAGAAUUAAUACAUUAACCGGAAUCGUAUAUUUUGAUAUUUAAAUACAAUUAUGGAUGUUGUUUAAGAUGGAUUUCCAAAAUAUGAAUACGAUAGAAUGCAUCUUCGAAGUGUGACCCAUCACCCUGUAUGAUUGUGCAAAAUUUCAAACCGAUGUUCCUAUAAAUAACGAAAAUAUGAGGGUGUUUUCACCUUAAAUGUGACAAACCGUAUAUUUGAAAAUAAAUUCAAAGAUUAUUUUGUUAUGCAGAUUUAGAAUCUAAAAACAAAAGAAGUUU